CAGCAGUGACCAGCACCACCAAAUCUGGUGUUCCAGGGCCCUCUGCACCGUUUGCCCGCGAAGGGGCGUGGCCCCGGGGCCCAGCGUGGGAGCCAGAACUCACGCCUGUUCUCAGCAGUGCCGCCCGUCGCCAAGGUCUCCGCGGGGCGGGGCGGACGCAGCAGUGAUUUAAGAGGCGCGACUUGGGGACAGGAGGACCCGAGCCAAUGGAGACUGCCAGAGACUACGCGGGAGCCCUUAUCAGGCCCCUGGCGUUUGUGGGACUGCAGACCAGGAAGGCCUUGCUGACACCCCUCAUGCAUCCAGCUCGUCCUUUCCGGGUCUCAAACCAUGACCGAAGCAGCCGGCGUGGGGUGAUGGCCAGCACCCUGGAGGAGCUUAUCAGCAAGACUCUGAAUGUCCUGGCUAUCACAGCUGGCCUGGUCACGCUGGUGCUGGAGGAGGAUGGUACCGUGGUGGACACAGAGGAGUUCUUUCAGACCUUAAGGGACAACACACAUUUCAUGAUCCUGGAAAGGGGACAGAAAUGGACCCCGGGCAGUAAGUAUGUCCCCAUCUGCAAGCAGCCGAAGAAGUCGGGAAUAGCCAGAGUUACCUUCGACCUCUACAGGCUGAAUCCCAAGGACUUCCUCGGCUGCCUCAACGUUAAGGCCACCAUAUACGAGAUGUACUCAGUGUCCUACGACAUCAGGUGCACAAGCGUCAAGGCCAUGUUAAGAAGUCUGCUGCGGUUCCUCUCCUAUGCGGCUCAGGUGGUAGGACAGUUCCUGGUCUACGCAGGCGCACACAUGCUCCGGGCGCUGGGCGAUACAGAGGAGCAGCCGCCGCCCAAGCCUAGCACCAAGGGCUGAUUCAUGUAAUCAGAUCAAGCUCCGGAGGGCCAGGGGCCCACUUUUCUUGUAAAUUCACUGCCUUUCUGUAGAGGCUGUGGGCAGCCAAAAGAAGGAAGGGGCCUCGGUGGUGCAAGGUGCAGGGGGAAAGGAGGCAGACGGGCCCUCUCAGGGCCUUAGGAAGGGACUGACAGUGGAGUGUCUGGGAGCAGCGUGCAUAUGAAUUAGACACUUUGCAUCUUUUCCUAUGGUAAUAAAACUGACCACAAGACUCCCUUUAA